UAGAAGCUGUUCCUCCGGCUCACUUCCGGCCGGCUCGCUUCGCGACACUGUCGCGCGCGGGGGGCGUGGCUAGCCCGGCGUUCUGACAGACAAUCCAGCGGCGGUGGCCUAGCGGAGGCCAGAGCACUAUGGCGGGGUCGGAGGGGCUCGUGACCGAAGUGAACUGGAAAGUCUUGGAGCAAAGAGCCCGGGCCAAGCGCUCAGGCUCAGUUUAUGAACCUCUUAAAAGUAUUAAUCUUCCAAGACCUGACAGUGAAACCCUGUGGGAUAAAUUGGAUCAUUAUUAUAGAAUUGUUAAGGCAACAUUGCUACUGUAUCAAAGUCCAACUACAGGACUUUUCCCCACUAAAACGUGUGGUGAUGAUCAGAAGGCCAAGAUCCAUGACAGUCUGUACUGUGCAGCUGGAGCUUGGGCUUUGGCUCUAGCAUACAGGCGCAUUGAUGAUGACAAGGGAAGGACCCAUGAGCUGGAACACUCAGCCAUAAAAUGUAUGAGAGGAAUUCUUUACUGCUAUAUGCGUCAGGCUGAUAAGGUUCAGCAGUUUAAGCAGGACCCUCGUCCAACAACUUGUCUUCACUCUAUUUUCAAUGUGCAUACAGGAGAUGAGAUGCUCUCUUAUGAGGAAUAUGGUCAUCUUCAGAUAAAUGCAGUUUCACUUUAUCUGCUUUACCUUGUGGAAAUGAUAUCCUCAGGACUCCAAAUUAUCUAUAACACUGAUGAGGUUACUUUUAUUCAAAAUCUUGUAUUUUGUGUUGAGAGAGUUUACCGUGUACCUGACUUUGGUGUCUGGGAAAGAGGAAGCAAAUAUAAUAAUGGUAGCACAGAGCUACAUUCAAGCUCAGUUGGAUUGGCAAAAUCAGCUCUAGAAGCAAUUAAUGGAUUCAACCUCUUUGGCAAUCAGGGUUGCUCUUGGUCAGUUAUAUUUGUGGAUCUUGAUGCUCACAAUCGCAAUAGGCAAACGUUGUGUUCACUUUUACCCAGAGAAUCAAGAUCUCAUAACACAGAUGCUGCCCUGCUUCCCUGUAUCACUUAUCCUGCAUUUGCCCUAGAUGAUGAAGCUCUUUUUCGCCAAACACUCGAUAAAGUAGUUAGAAAAUUAAAAGGAAAAUAUGGAUUUAAACGUUUCUUAAGAGAUGGAUAUCGAACAUCAUUGGAAGACCCCAACAGACGCUAUUACAAACCAGCAGAAAUUAAGCUAUUUGACGGCAUUGAAUGUGAAUUUCCCAUAUUUUUCCUUUACAUGAUUAUUGAUGGGGUUUUUAAAAGCAAUUCCCAACAAGUAAAGGAAUAUCAGGAUCUCCUAGCUCCAGUUCUUCAUCACACUAUGGAAGGUUAUCCUGUCAUACCAAAGUAUUAUUAUGUGCCAGCUGAUUUUGUAGAAUAUGAAAAAAGAAGCCCUGGUAGUCAAAAGCGAUUUCCUAGCAACUGUGGCCGUGAUGGAAAACUAUUCCUUUGGGGACAAGCCCUUUAUAUCAUUGCACAACUCCUGGCUGAUGAAUUAAUCAGUCCUAGAGACAUUGAUCCUAUCCAUCGCUACGUUCCACUACAGAAUCAACGCAAUGUAAGCAUGAGGUUUUCCAACCAGGGCCCACUGGAAAAUGAUUUGGUAGUUCAUGUCGCACUUGUAGCAGAGAGCCAACGUCUUCAAGUUUUUCUCAACACAUAUGGUAUUCAAACUCAGACACCUCAACAGGUAGAACCCAUUCAGAUCUGGGCUCAACAGGAGCUUGUGAAAGCUUAUUUCCAUCUGGGUAUCAAUGAAAAAUUAGGACUCUCUGGAAGGCCAGAUAGGCCGAUUGGCUGCCUUGGUACAUCAAAGAUUUACCGCAUUCUGGGAAAGACUGUGGUUUGUUAUCCUAUCAUCUUCGACCUAAGUGAUUUCUACAUGUCUCAAGAUGUUUUACUGCUGAUAGAUGACAUCAAGAAUGCACUACAGUUCAUUAAGCAAUACUGGAAAAUGCAUGGACGUCCACUUUUCCUUGUUCUUAUUCGGGAAGACAAUAUAAGAGGUAGCCGAUUCAAUCCCAUAUUAGAUAUGUUGGCAGCCUUUAAGAAAGGAAUGGUUGGAGGAGUCAAAGUUCAUGUUGAUCGUCUACAGACACUGAUCUCAGGAGCUGUAGUUGAACAACUUGACUUUCUACGAAUCAGUGAUGUGGAAGAGCUUCCAGAAUUUAAGAGUUUUGAAGAAUUAAAUCUUCCUAAACAUUCAAAAGUCAAACGACAGAGCAGCACCCCCAAUGCUCCUGAACUGGAACAGCAAGUGGAUAUUGCUAUUACCGAAUGGAAAAACAAAUCUACCCAUGAAAUUCUUCAAAAACUUGAUGAAUGUAAUAGUCUGGCUAGUCAAGCUAUCCUUCUGGGCAUACUACUCAAAAGAGAAGGGCCUAACUUCAUCACAAAGGAAGGUACUGUUUCUGACCAUAUUGAUAGAGUAUAUAGAAGAGCUGGCAGCAAAAAACUUUGGUCGGUUGUGCGCCAUGCAGCAAGUCUUUUAAGUAAAGUAGUGGACAGCCUGGCCCCAUCCAUUACUAAUGUUUUAGUGCAGGGCAAACAGGUAACUCUGGGUGCCUUUGGGCAUGAAGAAGAGGUCAUCUCUAAUCCUUUGUCUCCAAGAGUAAUUAAGAACAUCAUCUAUUACAAGUGUAACACACAUGAUGAGAGGGAGGCAGUCAUUCAACAAGAACUGGUCAUCCAUAUUGGCUGGAUCAUCUCCAAUAAUCCUGAGUUAUUCAGUGGUAUGCUGAAAAUACGUAUUGGGUGGAUCAUACAUGCAAUGAAAUAUGAGUUACAGACCCGUGGAGAAAAUCAAGCACCCAUAGACUUAUAUCAGCUGUCACCUAGUGAAGUAAAACAGCUUCUGUUGGAUAUUCUUCAGCCUCAACAGAAUGGAAGAUGUUGGCUGAAUAGGCGUCAGAUUGAUGGAUCUUUAAACAGAACUCCCACUGGAUUCUAUGACCGAGUAUGGCAGAUCCUGGAACGAACACCCAAUGGUAUCAUUGUAGCUGGAAAACAUUUGCCACAGCAACCAACACUGUCAGAUAUGACCAUGUAUGAAAUGAAUUUCUCUCUCCUUGUUGAAGAUAUGUUGGGAAAUAUUGACCAGCCAAAGUAUAGACAGAUCAUUGUGGAGCUACUGAUGGUUGUAUCCAUUGUAUUGGAGAGAAACCCUGAGCUAGAAUUUCAAGACAAAGUGGAUCUAGAUAAACUGGUGAAAGAAGCAUUUCAUGAAUUUCAAAAAGAUGAGAGUCAAAUAAAUGAAGUUGAAAAAAAGGAUGACAUGUCUUCCUUUUACAACACUCCACCACUGGGAAAAAGAGGAACAUGCAGCUAUUUGACAAAAGUUGUGAUGAAUUUGCUACUGGAAGGAGAAGUCAAACCAAAUAAUGAUGACCCAUGUAUGGUUAGCUAGUGAGAAUGGUGUAAAAGAUUUGAUUAGGAAUUAUUAUUUUGAAGUGUUAUGUUUGAAGUUAGGCUUACCCAGGACAACCAAUAGUUUAUUUACUGAUAGAUUAUACCUGUGAUAUGGUUGCUGUGUCUGUAGUAAAGUUACUCUUACAUCACACAUCACAUAGCUAUCUAAGGGUGAAAAAUGUUAAGUUUUAGUAAACUGGUAAGAAAAGUUUUCAUGAUUAUUCCCAACUACCAUAAUAAUAUUUACUGAAUAUAAAAGUAUUUUACCAGUUUACCACUGGUAAAUUUACCAGAUAAAUUUACAAAUUUGCCAGUUUACCAGAAAGUUUACCCACUGCAUGCUUUAUGAUCAAAUAGAUAUUAAAACAAACAUUUCCUUGUUGGAUUAAAUAUUCACUGCCAUUAAAACAAAUAUGUCAUGAAUUUGGAGAGCUAAUACAGGAGUUAAAGCUCUUGUCUUCAGAAAAAUGGACUAAUUCUGGUUCAAUUUCCAGCACUUAAUGUGAAUUCCAAAGAUCACCAAAAGUGAAAGCCUUGAAUGUAGAACCAGAAGUAAAUACUGCCAACUAUGGUCUUCCUUUCCCCAAAAUGAAUGUAUCAACUAGUAAUUUAUAUGAGGUAUGAAAAUGUAUUGAAAUAAUUGUGAAUUUUUCCAAGUAUUGACAAGCAAGAUGAUGUUAAUAUGCAUGAAAAAGGGCAAAAUUAAUCAGUGGAUACUUUGAUUCUCAAAAACUCAGAACACUAACUAAUCAAAGCAAUUCUGUAACUUUGUAAACAUGACUGUAAAAUAUAAUAUAAUAAAUCUUACAUAACAUUUUGAUUUUGACAAAUGUAAAAGAUUAUUCAGAAGUACUGUUUUCAUAGUUUAUAUUUAUAAAAGCUAAAUUUAAAAAUA